GGAUUCCUGUUCCGUAGGCGGACAUUACAAUCAUUUUGUUUGGUCACACUAUUUGCCAAUAUUAUCGUAAUGGCCGUAUCGGUCAACUAUAUCAAUCGUAACUACCCGUCCAACUCAUACAAAAAGGAACUGGCACUUAGUUGGAUACUAUCGGUCAGUCUAAUCGGUCUAUUAGUACAACUACUGGGACUGUGCGCUAUCUAUACGGUCCACUAUUGUACGAUAAUCAUGUACAGCCUCCUAGUUACCAUUGUUACCGGUUUGGGUAUAUAUUCGGCUGCCCUAUGGUCUCAACUGUUAUUGGACUGGUUGGUUCAGGCAUUGUAUUUUGUGUGCACCUGUAUGUCGUGGCUGAUAGUGAUCGAGUUAAGCCAAAUACGUGCUGCUGCUGGUGGUGGUGGUGCACAUAACAAGGCUAUCGUUUGUGGUACAGGUGCUACACUACCACCAUCACUACCAUGUUCUAUGGAUAUACCUAUUAGUACUAUACCGUUGACACCGCCCGUUGGUCAGCCACUGGUGGUCAAUGAUGGGCCAGCAGUGCUAUACAUGAGUACCACACUAUCAUCAACAUCAUUAGCAUCGUCGUCAUCAUCAUCAGGAAUCUAUCCAUUGAAUCCCGGAGCCAAUAGCCAUGUUAUGACAGUAGACAGGCUGCCCAGUUAUCAACAAACUAAUGGGUAGUAGUAAUAAU